ACCCAAACAAAUAACAUCAACUUGGUCGGACAGCUUGGAAGUAGUCGGCUCAGUUUGCUGGAGAAGAUGAAGUCGCUCACGUUCGUUCUCUGCCUGAUCGUCUUGGGCGCCCACUCGCUCCUUGUUUUCGCCGCGGACUGCGAGAUCAGCGGUCAUAAGUUUAAGGCCGGAGAGACCUACAGUCCGGAAGGUCGCUGUUUGCAAUACACCUGCAACGGACCAAAACAAUUUUCAGCCUUGACAUGUCCAGCUGUGGCCACUUUGAAGCCCUGCAAGAUGGAGGAGGACUUGAGUAAACCUUAUCCCGGCUGCUGUCCAAGGUUUAAUUGCUAAAAUCCUAAAGCAAACCGAACGAAUCUCUACAACUGUUUGAAUGCUAAAACUAAAAAGGGAAUUGUUAUUUUGAAAAGCAAACAUUGAUUUGAUUUUAGUGAAAAGUGUUUUCAUAUUAAAUUUAAAAGACAAAAGAUCUUAUCCGAAUUAUAAUGAAUAAAAACCGUGCUCCUUUAAAUGAA